AUCGAGAGAAGCAAAGAAGCCGGUUCUUGGAAAAUUCCGCGGCUUCGCGGUACAAAGAAGCCGCCGGCCAAUCAAACGGCUCGCACGCGCACGCAUGUCCGUCUUCUGCCCUUGCGAUCUCGAUUGCGAAAUACCGCAUCAGUUUUAAUUUGUCUUUUGACCCGUCACCUUCUUUUUUGUUUUAUCGUGCCAACUAAUUUUGAAAAUGAGCGAAGAAUAUUUCGUGGAGAAGAUCCCGUACCAGGUGGUACUCUUUUCGAAGGCCAAGACUCGCAAGGAAUUCCCGGAGGAUCAUUCCGAGCUCUAUGUCAGGGACGUUCCGACGGAUGCGACGGUGUGGGAACUUUUCCAGUUUUUCCAAAUCGCCGGCCGCAUCUACGAAAUCCGUUUGAUGAUGAACGCGGAUUACGAGUCCAACAGGCAGUUCGCCUACGUCAGUUUUUUUACCAAAGAUGAGGCAGCCAAUGCGAUCCAGAGGUUAAACGAUGAAAUGUUCCGGAAAAAUGAAGGCUGCCUCGACAUUAAACUGUCCUUCAAUAACAGACGCAUAUUUUUGGGAAAUAUCGCCACCCAAAAAAGUAAGGAUCAAGUAUGGAAGGAGUUGGAGAGACUUGGAAACAAAAAUAUUAUCGAUGUCAUUAUGUAUAGGUCGUACGGAAACCGCACCGUCAACCGAGGCUUCGUAUUCGUGGAAUUCAAAACGCACGAGCAAGCGGCUAGAUUUCGCGCCAAAAACUCGACCGGCUUGCAAUUGUUCGGACGCGAAGCGAUCGUUGAUUGGUCGAUCCCCUACCCGGAACCCAACGACGAGAUUAUGCAGAAGGUUAACAAGAUUUUCCUUAGAAACCUUAACGUUCUCCAGACGAAUGAAGAACUCAAAAGUUUGGUUUCAAAUUUUAUAUCUUGUGAUGUAAUCGAGAAAGUUUACAAAUUUAAAGAUUAUGCAUUUGUUCAUUGCACAAGUAGAGAAAUUGCUGAAUGUUUAUAUAGACAACUACAAGAAUAUUAUAAGAACACCCCUGUGGAAGUGUCUUGGGCUAAGCCGCCAAAUGAGUACACCACUGCUGAGUAUAGACAAAAAAAAGUAAAUCAGAACGAAAAAAUGAAGCCCUACAAGUCGGCAACGUCGCGUUCCUCUUCCGACGAGGAGGCUUCGACAUCGCGUCUGGGGGAUUCCCCGAACAACUUCCAAAUCCCACCCGACAACGUGGCAUUCUACCAGUACGUGUUCGGCAACAUUUCGCCGCAAUUUUUCAAACCCGAAGAGACCAAAGGAGAAAGACGCUUCUCUGGAAAAUUUUCUCCGGAAAUGAGGGUGCCCUUGUUUUCUCAAGUGGUCAGAGGACGGCCCUCUAAUGCUACUCGCGUGCCUUUUCAAGAGUUAAAUGUCGAUGUUCAAAGAGGCAACACUGCAUCAAACGUCGUCAAGCCCGCCAAUGUUUGUCAGCAACUAUUUGAUGAAAAUAAAGAAAACGAGUUCAUCAGGCAUUUUGAAGCAUUGAAAGCUCAGGAUGAAAAUCAAGAUCAAUGUAAUUUUGAAGAAAGCCGAUUUAUGAGGCACUACCGCCAGGAAACUGAGAAUUUAUACAAAAAUUUUUAACUGUUUGUUACUACACAUUAAAAAAAUAAAAUAUAUAUUUUUAUAUUAUAUAAAUAUUGAAUAUAUUUUUAUUUUUUGGUGUGUACAAUUUGUGAACUUUUUAUUAUGCAGAUAAGAAUAAAAAACUUUUUAAUCAAAAAAUAUUUCAAUAAAAUUUUUUCAGUAAUAUUUUUAUAACAACUUUUUAAUACACAAACUUUUUACUCAAGAAUUAUUUAAUUUUUUAAAAAGUUUUUUACUUCAUAACCUGUUAAAUUUUUUAAACAACUUUUUACAUUUUUCAAUAUUUUAUUGUGUUAUCAUUAUUGAAUUAUUGAAACCUACGUAUUUUGUUUAACAUUCAAUUUUCUAAUAAUUAAAUUUUUAACCAUGGAUUGUACAACAUAUUAUAUUUUUUUAAUUAAAUAAUAGAUAUUUGUCU